CAGCCGAGACAGGAUGAGACUGACAAGAACAAGACCACUGCUCACACAAUAAGAUGAAAAUGUGGCUGAAGCAGUUGAUUCUGAUGUUACUCGCAGCGGCAUCAACAGCGAUGGCGAUAGCAGGUCAAACUUCUAUAUAUCUGAAUAAAACGCAGGAAAGCGUGAGCGUUCUAUCUGGGUCCACGCUGGCCUUACGCUGCUCUUUGAGCACAGUGGGAUACAAAAGAUAUCGAAUUGCCUGGCAUUUUAACAACGCUGGACCUUUUUUCAACAACUCAAGCAGAAUAGUUGAGCUGAUGAUUUCUGAACAGAACUCCACGGAUGAUUGUGAGGACAAAAGCAAGACACACAUUUUGCCAGAUGUUACCAAAAAGAACUCUGGAUGGUACUUCUGCAACAUCACACGAGAGAUUCCUAAUUUACAACAUAAUCAGAGUGAAGGAACAGAAGUAGUUGUCUACAGUGAAGUUACAACGUACCCGUCAAAUGUGACAAAUAUUAAAGACACUGCUCUCCUGAAUGACAACUGGUGGCUGUGGAUUGUGUUAGGAGUGUCUGCUUUCAUCCUGCUGGUCCUGCCCUUCAUAUGUGUGCUGCUCACAAGAAGACAGGAAAACAGAGAAGAGCCCAUCUAUGCAAACACUCGUUAUCCGAACAAACAGCCUUCACCUCGACCAGACAUGAGCGGAGCAGCGGUCCGCCUGAAAACAGCCUCUUCCUCUCAAAACCUGCGGGCCCCGAGUCCUGCCAGAUACGACGAAGGCAAACGGAGAGACAAACGUUGAAGAAGUCAUGGAUGUCACACCCUAAUACAACAAAAGUCCUCAUAUGUAGAACUGUUUUUCCUUCUAUUAUUGUUGUGUUUAAAUUUUAUUCUGAAUGUUUUAA